AUGGACGAAACUGCUGACUUCUUGUCCCGAGAGGACGAAGCCGUACACGCAUUAGGACUAGGAGACUCGGGAGCUGCUAUCUUCCAGCCUCCUUCUGCACCAGCUGCGAAAGAAGAUUGGGGCGCAUUUGAUUCUGAACCAGCCUUCCAAAACUCUCCAGCCAUGUCAACAUCUACGCCAAUUCCACCAGUUUCGUUUAUGAGCAGUAUGAGCACUGGUGGCAGCAGUCCAACAAAGCAAUUGACAAAUACUGAAGACGAACCGGAAGUUAUAAAACAAUGGCGCGAACAAUUCAACAAGACUAUAGCUGAGCGAGAUGAAAAAUCAAAGGCAAAACAUGCAGAAAUACUAGCUGCAGCCAAGACAUCCCUGGAACGAUUCUAUGCAGACUACAAUGCCACAAAAACUAAAGGAAUUGGAAAGAAUCGAGAGACUGAAAAAUCAUCUAUUGCUAAUAGAGAUGAUACAAGUGGAAACGUUUGGGAACGAGCAGUCAAACAAAUCGAAACUGCAUCAUCAUCUUCAUCUAGCAAUCCUGCCCGUCUUAAGGGAUUGGGCAAGACUGGAACUGCAGAUGAAAAGCCUGCCAAAGUCAAGUCUUUGGGCAAGGUUAAAGAUACCAGUAGGAUGAAAGAUGUUUUGAAAUCGUUGGUCAAGGAUGAGAAGGCUCCAGGAAUCACAGCAUAG